AUGGAUGAGCUGCUGGCAUCGCCUGAGCAGGAGACAGCUGACUAUGCGAAAGAGGCCUACGACAACCUGAUGCUCGCCAUAAACCAGCAGCAGCGGCAAUGGGCAGGCACCAAGGAUGCAAACGCUUUCUUUCCAGAUGCAGACUACAACAUCUGGGCUCGUGGCGAUCAGCGCAUGGAGGCACGCCUCGUGCCACCACCCUGCGGCUGCUUGGAGCUUUAUGAGGUCGGUGGUGAACAUGCGCAUCCGCAUCGGCACGCGAGGCCCAGUGGCUUCACGCUGGAGUCGCAAGGGGAACAGGCCACAUUCCGGGCAUCACCCGCAUGGCUGCGGUCCUUGUCUGCCCUAGCAAGGCAUGACCUGGAGGGUGACCUGGACAUUCUGGCAGCCAAGUUUGAUUUGGCAUCGGCGAGAUUGUCAGAAGUCAGGAAGCAUGGGCUGCCUGCCGGGCUCGCCAUCGACAUUGCUGGUGCUGCAUGUGCAGUCGAGGCUGCCCGCCGCGAGCUUGUGGAAGGUAUUUUGCAGUACUACGGCACCCAGGUGGAAUGGAGUGCAGCGGAGCUCCCGACAGAACCUGACGAGGAGCCACCUUCGAGGGAGAACUCGGCAAAGAGGGUAUGGGUCGGAGCUCAGACGCAUCGCACAAGGCCUGUAGGCGAGACCGAGGCAGCAGAGCCUGCGCCCGAGCUGGAAGAGGAUGGAGAGAACGGUGGCCUGUGGGGAGAUGCGCCGCAGGCAACAGAGGUCGCCUGGGGUGCACCGCCAGCGCAGGAAGUCUCCUGGGGCCCUGCAGGUGGAGAUUCCGAAGCUGUUCCGGGGCUGUUGCAGGCGCUGCACAGCGUGGGCCUUGAAAACGAGGCAGCACAGAUCGCUCAUUGGGCGGAGGAGAACGGUGCCGUCUCGGUGCGGGAGGUUGCAGAAAACGCCAACCUCUUCGUGGAAGAGGCCACGGCCGGGAGUGAAUCUCCUACGGGGACGCAAGUGUACAUUACAGUUUGCGGUAUCGCACUGCAAGGGUCUGCAAAAGUCUGUAACAGCUUCUCCAACCAGAACGACGAAGUUGAAAACACGAAAACGCAACGUUGCAGUUGUGCGAGCAACGAUGAUUGCCACGACUCGGCCAAGAACUGCGUGCAAAUAGGGCUGUCAAUGAAGUGCUUCAGCGACGCGGUCGUGCAUGCAAAGACCAAGAUCGGCACCUUCGAAAAGUUUGCAGACCAUGCAGACCUCGCAGACUUUCCGUCCGCUCUUGAGCACGUGUCCACCUGGUUCAUCGAGAAUGACGUGGGCAGUGUAGAGGAGCUGGAGGGUUCAGAUGAGCUCAUGGGCAAGUUCCUACUGGCAUCUCACAGCAACGUUAAGCUCCGGCCCUACUACAACAUGAGGAAGUUCCUGCAGAAGGAUUUACGCAACGCGCCUCCGCCUCCGCCGAUUCGGAAUCCUCUUCCGCCUCUUCUAGGUGGGAAAGGCCACUGA